CAUGAUUGUCCAAUCAAAGAACUUUGGCAGGCCUUUCAUUAUUAUUGGUUCAGUAUACUUCAAAGUUCAAUCAAAAUAUCGUGUCAACAAGUCGUACAUGUAUUUAGUGAUAUAACUAACAGUAAAUCCCGGGCAGUAAAUAUGUCCAAUGGCGAGUGCAGAGUACAAACAAAAACAACAUGAACAUUUAUAUAAAGUAUUGAUGAUCGGGGAAUUUGGUGUUGGAAAAACAUCUCUAAUCAAGCGCUACACAGAAGGGACAUUUUCCCCUAACUACAAGCUAACUAUUGGUGUUGACUUUGCAGUAAAGAAUAUUCAAUGGAACGAACACACAAAAAUCAACAUGCAAUUGUGGGAUAUUGCAGGGCAUGAACGAUUUGGGCAUAUGACAAGAGUAUACUACAAAUAUGCUAUAGCAGCAGUGAUUGUCUUUGACUUGGCAAGACAGGCGACAUUUGAUGCAGUAGUAAAGUGGUUAGAUGAUGUACACUCUAAAGUGGUGCUGAUGAACGAGGAACCUGUGCCAUGUUUACUUUUAGCCAAUAAGUUUGAUUUGGAAGAAAUCUCAUUAAAUCCGGAUCAUCUGGAUAACUUUUGUAAGAAGCAUAAUAUUAUAGGAUGGUUCCCAACCUCGGCUAAGAUGGGGAUUGGAUUAGAGGAGGCUAUGAACCACUUAAUCAAACACAUAGUGAAACUGGAAGAGAGAAUGAAUGAUAUGAAGAUGAGGCCAAUAGAGGGCGUUGAUGCAAUCACAAUUAUGGAGGACAAUAAUGGUGGUGAUGAUGAUGAUAUACCAAAGAAAAGAUGCUGUGAUAUAUAACACAUGUUAAGGCAUUGUCACCUGACAUAAUAGCUUUCAUUUGGUUUGUACACUGUGAUUCAAGGCGUUUUAAAAAUACUUGUUCACAAAGAAAUUUUAUAGCAUUUUUUAUCUUUUAAACCGUUCACAAGGGAGAAUGGGGACUGGACUAGCAAUUAACAAAAUGGAUUUCAUAAAGGAGUUGGUGCAACUUUUGAGACGGUCCCUUGUUGAUAGAUAGCACAGCUUUCUAUUUAAAUGCUUAAUGCUUAAUACAUUGUGCACGGUGUUACAACAUACAUUGUAAGCAUGAUAUUCCAAGACAGUAUUCAAUGGCAUCUUUUACAUUUAAAAUGUACCCCAAUUCAGAAAUACAAUAUUUACUCAAAAUAAAAUACUAAGGUGAAUUGUUUAAAUAUCAGUAUUGUAGACUACCAGUAACCCCUGAGAUAGCAAUAUUACAUGAGCAUAAUUUAAAGCACUGCAUGAAAUGAAUGAUGUCUGUACCCUGUGCACACACCAUGUACAUACCAUGCAAAACGUCGUGACAAUCUGAGGUUCAGUAUAUAUGUAUUAAACAUCAACAUUAUACUCAGUUUAUAUUAAUUUUUAUAUUUUAUAAUGACACUUUUCAUUAUAAAACAUUGUUCACAUUAAUU